AUGGUCGGAACCAAGAACCCCCAAAUCAGCAUCAUCGGCUCCUUAAACAUCGACUUCGUAACAACAACACCCCGCUGCCCAACAGCCGGCGAGACCCUGACAGCAACAUCUCUCACCGUGUCAGCAGGCGGAAAAGGUGGAAACCAAGCCGUUGCCUGUGGUCGCUCCUCCUUCACAUCUGAAUCAACCCAGGAUGUCUCCGUGAGCAUGAUCGGCGCCGUCGGCGCCGAAGAUCCCUACUACACCUCGCUUUUGAAGCCUGCUCUGGAAAAUUCUGGCGUCAACACCGCGGCCAUCGAGAAAUCAAAGACCCAAACGGGCUCAGCGAGUAUCAUUGUUGAAGAAAUCAAUGGCGAGAAUCGCAUCCUUGUCGUCCCGGGCGCUAAUCAUGCUGGCAUGAUGAGCAAUGUUUCUUCUAUUCUUGCCGCGCUUGAGAACGAGAAGCCCGAUGUGGUGGUUUUGCAGGGUGAAAUUCCGCGCAGCACUACAAUUGAACUGCUGGAGCAUUUCAAUCGCGAGAAGCAGGCCAAAGUGGUCUUCAACCCCGCGCCCGUGUUUCCAGAGGGCGUUCCUCUUUCCGCCGUGCAGGGAACCUCUGUGCUGAUUAUGAAUGAGACGGAGGCUGUACAGAUGGCGCGGUCGAUUCAAAACCUUCCUGUUGGUACCUUUGAUGGGAACUUGGUGCCCGAAGAGACGGCGCGGGUUUUCCAUGAGCGCGCGGGCGUUGAGAUUGUUUUGAUCACGCUUGGCGCGGAAGGUGUUUUCUAUUCUACCCGAUCUGGGCAAUGUGGACCUGUGCCUGGUGUGAAGGUCGCAAAGGUUGUGGAUACCACUGCUGCGGGCGACACGUUCGUUGGGUAUUUUGCAUCUUCUGUGGCGCGUCUUCUGGCGACCGGGAAGAGCCUGGAAGAGUUUGAUGAUAUCCGAAGUGCUGUGGAGAAAGCGAAUUCUGCUGCUGCUAUGUGUGUGCAGAGACAGGGAGCCAUGCAGAGCAUCCCCUUCGCCUAUGAUUUGUAA